CUUGCGGGCAUCAUGUUCAGACUAAAGGAAUUCAAGCAUCUCCUUGUGCUGACAUUUCUCUGUCAAACAGUUCAUGCAAGUCACAUCAUAAAUGGGGAAAAGGCUGCUGUAAACUCACUGCCGUACAUGGUCUCAGUGCAAAGCAAUGGACAUCAUGUAUGUGGAGGAUUUCUGAUCAGUGAGGACUUUGUGGUCACUGCUGCACACUGCAAUAUUCCCAAACCCAAUCUGGUUGUCGUGGGAAAUCAGAAUAUCAAAAGUUCAAACAUAAAAAAAAUAAAUAUUCAGUACAGCUGCGUAUUCCCUACUUACCGGAGAGUUGGACUUGGCAAUGACAUCAUGCUGCUUAAACUCUCUCAGAAAGUCUCCAUGAACAACGCAGUGAAGACCAUUCCAAUUCCAAAUUCUGACAAAAUCUUAAAAGAAAAUCAGAUAUGCAUGGUCGCUGGAUGGGGUAAAACAGAAAGCAACAGGUUCAGUGAUGAUCUCAGAGUCGCAAAGGUGUCGAUCAUAAAUUCACAAGUCUGUCAGAGGGAAUGGGAUAAUACUCUUCCACCCAAUGUGAUCUGUGCUGGUGGAUAUGAAACCACAAAAGGAUUCUGCCAGGGUGAUUCCGGUGGCCCUCUGGUGUGUGACGGGGAAGCUGUUGGUAUUGUGUCAUUCAACAAAAAUUCCAACUGCACCUACCCAAAUGCACCCAACAUCUACACAGACAUUUCUAUAUAUCAUCAGUGGCUCAACUGUGCGUUGAAGGAAAAGAAAUGUGGUUGUGCAAACCCUUAGAAUGAAGCAUUGUUCCAGCUCAUGGUGUGUGGGUGGUGAAAUUGUGGCUUCUAUUUAAGUUGAUGUCAUCAGCUUCUGAUCUUUAAUGAAUAAACCAAAACACUUUCGAAUAUUGUCAGCUGUCUCUUUGAUUUUCGAACGCCAUAAACAAAAUAACUUCUUCACGGCAUUAAGGGUGUGCUGUUUCUGUUACUGA